AGGGCGCGAGGGAAGAUGGACGCUUCAGACUCUUGUUUUUCUCACAUUCACUAAAGUUGUCAUCGUUUGUCUCGUGUUUUGAACUCAGCAUGUCGUCUCUCAAACCUUUCAGCAAACUGCCCGGUUUGAACACAGCGAACAUCCUGCUGGUGGAGAGUGAGGAGCAGUUUCAGCAGAGUUUAGCAGACGCUCUGGUGGAGGAGACCUCUGUCACUGUGAAUGUGAGACUGGCCAAGAGUCUCCCUCUGCCCCUGGAGAACGAGGAGAGUCGUCCAAGAAUAGAUCUGGUGGUGUUCAUCAUCAACCUGACCUCAGAGCUCAGUUUUCAGUCAGCAGAUGCUUCCCUGAAAUACUUGGACCCUGGAUAUUUUCUUGGCAAAGUCUGCUUCCUGGUCACUAAUGCUCGUAAUGCCUCAGUCCCCACAGAGCGCCUGGACACUGUCAGAAAGCUGGCUGCGUCCCUCCACUGCCCCCUGUUGUUUGCAGAGGAUCAGACAUCAGAUGGUGUGACCAACGCUACAGAGAGGCUGCUGACCAUAUUGAAGGUGGCGGCCGGCCUUGUUCCUCUGGCUACAGCGCUCUACCUGUCCAACCUGACCCAGUGCACAGUGCCCCUGGACAUCGACCAGCCCAGCUUUGACUAGUCCCAGUGACCGAUCUACCCUUUUAUCAUGUGUACAGUCUAUUUAUUUGUAGUGGUGGCCUCAGAAUGGUGUCUCCCUUUUAUUCAUUUUACACAACAUGUUUGUGCUUUGGUUCAUAACUGCUGCAGCCUACAGACAUAUUGUUGAUCUAUCAUACCACAAGAUAUUUAGACAAGCCACAGGAAAACAUGUAAAUAAGUAGAAUAUCACUCAGGAGACUGUGUAUCUAUGCCGAGCCCCAACAGUCUUAGAUUCAAUCAAGUUGGACCAAAAUUCAACACACCCAUAGAUAUCAGUUCUUUAAAUCAAGAUCCAUGAAUUAUUCCCUAGGAUAAUGUAUUAUUGAAUUGAACAAUUGUUUGUGUUUAAUUCAUUAGUAGAAGACUUUCAGUAAACACACACAUGAUACAAACAAUUCCGUCCGUUCAGACCUGGUCUCCAGACUGUAAACACGUGUAGAGUCUGAGCGUGAGCGAUAUCUUCUUCACUGUUAGCAUUGUUUCCUCCGUGUGUGCGGGACAAGUAACAACCUUAUCAUUUGUAUGAACAGGUGGAGUCUGGUCACAUGACUGUUCCACCUUCAACCUGAGCAGGGGUCCGAACAGUCAAAUGGAAACAUCAGUGUUGAUGUGCAGGUCUCUAAAUUUAACUGUGAAGUGAUAUCAAAUAUCGACACGAUGCUGCCACAGAAUAUUUAUGUUUUGAAUAGUGUAAAUAAUUAGAACAUAGUUGUCUGUGUACUUUAUAUGGAAAUGUUACAUGGUUUCAUGGUUUAUAAAUUAUACAAUUAUUGGAUAUGUAAAUACAUGAAAAUAAAUCUG